UUGUCGCUGACUCUACUUGUUUUCAAUCACUUCAAUGGCAUCUCAACGCUAGAAAACGUCGGCUGCCUUUUCAGCGAUGAACUCUGCGAUGAUCUGGAAGUGUGUUUAGAUGACAAUGCGUUCGGACGGUGCGAACGAGUGGAAGACCUAAACGACGGCCAAACUAUCGCCACAUACCAGCACUCGCUUAACGACAAGACAUUACGGCUCCUGGAGAUCGAGAUGCAGAGGCUAUACGUCUCCGGUUAUCGAUGGGAUAAUGAAUACACUCAGUGUGUAAUCAAACAAAUACUAUACACUCAUCGACUGCGAAUCGAUUACGACCCGGGAUUGUGCUCACGGCUCCUACACUUAUCCUCGUCGCUCAUUGCGCCCGAGACGUCGAUCGAGUUGAACCGUAAAACGCCGGACAGGGAGAUGGCGAGCAUUGAGUUCAUACCCGACUACGAGACAGACUUCGCCAAAGAGAUCUUCUUGGGACUCAACGACAGGAAUCACGACAAGAAUGCCUACCAUUUCGAUAGUAAGCGGCGAAUGGAAAACAAAGUGGAAAUCGAUGACAAAGUGUUUGAGUUCUUGAAGAAACUCAUUGAACAACAAAUUCACAGCAAAGGCGGCGCCGGUUCACUUGAAUCGCCCGACCAUAAGAUCGCAGUCUUGGAGACGGAUUUGUCAUCGGAUUUGACUCAACAGCCAGUGUAUAGCGAGGGCGGUGUGGAGUGGCUGCCAAUUGAUGGCGAAGAUAGUGUGGUUGCGAUGAACACCGACUACAACAACAUCGACGACAACAGACUGCUAUCAGAUGUGGGAAAAUCGAUACUACAAUCAGAUUCACUGUUUACUGGUGGCGACGUCGACUCCGAUGACACGCCACUCGUUUUGGAGCCAAUUCACGGAGAUAGGGGUCGGCUAUCGUACCAUUGCUCACAUUUUAUGCCAUUAUAUCGUGGCUUAAUAUAA